GGAGGUGACAGACAGGUACCUGGGAUUACGUAAGGCAACAGAACAAAGGCAGGGAGCGUCGUGAUACCGGGCGGGAAAAAUUCCGGACUCCGAACUGGGCGGAGCCAGAGCGAAGGCGGGAGAAGGAGCCAGGGGAACUCAGGCCGGUCCGCGUGUGGAUUAUCGAAGGUCGGGCGGGCAUGCUCCGCUGGACCCGAUCCUGGAGGAUCCCCCACAGGGGGCUCAGGCCCUCCGACUCCAGCCCCGCCAGAGUGGAAGUCGCACCCAGCAGCAGCGGCGGCGAUGGCGCCAAGCCGAGGUCAGUGCCACUCUCCUACACGCUCCUGGACGGGGAGGCUACCCUCCCGGCCCUUGUCUUCCUGCACGGGCUCUUCGGCUGCAAGAACAACUUCAACUCCAUCGCCAAGUCGCUGGCUCAGCGGACUGGCCGAAGGGUUCUGACAGUGGAUGCCCGGAACCAUGGUGACAGCCCACAUAGUCCAGACAUGAGCUACGAGGCCAUGAGCCAGGACCUGCAGGACCUGCUGCCCCAUCUGGACCUGGGGCCCUGCGUUCUCAUUGGCCACAGCAUGGGAGGCAAGACAGCCAUGCUGCUGGCCCUCCAGCGGCCAGAGCUGGUGGAGCGUCUGAUCGCUGUGGACAUCAGCCCCAAGGAGACCACCACUGUCUCGGACUUCCCGCACUACAUGGCGGCCAUGAAGGCCAUCCACAUCCCGGACGAGGUGCCCCGCUCCCGUGCCCGCAAGCUGGCGGAGGACCAGCUCAGGCCAGUCAUCCAGGAUGUGUCUGUGAGGCAGUUCCUGCUCACCAACCUGGUGGAGGUGGACGGGCAUUUCUUGUGGCGGGUGAACCUGGAGGCAUUGGCGCAGCAUGUGGACAAGAUUAUGACCUUCCCCUGGCGGCGGGAAUCCUAUCCAGGGCCCACCCUCUUCCUCCUGGGUGGGAACUCUGGAUUCGUGCCCUCUUCCUCUCCCCAUGUCUCCACACUCCCCCUUCCCCUUGGUGCCUGCUCUUCGGGAGACAGUCCCAGCCACCACCCCGAGAUCCGGCGGCUCUUCCCUCGAGCCCAGAUGCAGACGGUGCCCAAUGCUGGCCACUGGGUCCACGCCGACUGCCCGCAGGACUUCAUGGCUGCCAUCCAGGGCUUCCUGGCAUAAGAGGAGUUGGCCAGUUGGGGGCUGGACCCCCAGCUUCAAGAUCCCCGCAGCCUGCUCCGUGAUUCUGAGAAGGACUUAGGCAGUGGCAGGGCUGCAGAGGAGCUGAGACCUCCCAUUUUAAUAAUAAACACUGUCCCCCAAGAUCCUGGGCAGAGCUCUCUCAUCGCCAGUACCCCCACCGACCAAGAGGGAAUUGGCCCCAGGGAGCUCUGGGGGCUCCACGGUCCAGGGGGGCUCUCAGCGAGACUCCAGCCUCUCUCUGAAGCUGCCUCUCCACCUGCUGCUGGACCAUCCUCUGCAUAUCUUCCUGCGGGCAAGAGAGCAAGUUCAGGGGCCUCACCCAAGUCCCCCAGCCCAGGCCCAGGUGGUCUGCCCAGCCUACCUCCCAGGCCUCCACCUCCUGGCUUAGCCUCAGUUUUUCCUGCAGGACUUCCAGCAACUGGGCCUCCACAGCACACAGCUUGGCCCUGCAGGCAUCCAGCUCAACCUCCAGGGCCCGCUUCCUGUGGUGUGCAGAAAGACAAAAGGCCUGAAGCUCAGGCCCCACUGCGGCAGGGGAGGGUGGUCCUCCCUCCAGGAAUGCCCGUUUCCUUCCUUCUAGGCAGGACAGAGGCCUGAGGGGAUCUCCCCCAACCUGUGCCCAGGAGGGCGUGCAUCCACACUCACUUGGCAAUGGCUUCAUCCCGCUCCCGGACGAGCUGGUCCCUUGACUCAGUCUGGGUGUCCCCCAGUGCUCCGGCGGCCUCUGGUGAAAGAUGACAGAGGAGGGAGCAACGAUCUGAGGCCCACCUGUUGGGGGAACCCUGCGCUCUGGGCCCAGAGGCUGGUGGCAGAGGCAAGGAGAAGCGAAGUGUUCUAGACCCACCCUCCAGUGGCAGGCCUUGCAGACUGUCUUGUCUGCUAUGGCUCCUGAUUGCCCUCUGGGGGGCAGCAGAGGGCAAGGCGGUUACACCCUCAGAAGCACUAGCGCUGUUCUUAGUGGGCUCCCCAGGACAGCACUCUGCUGAUUUUAAAAGGACACGUCCCCCAAACUUUCUGGGUGGCCCCGAGACUGGGAGUCUUGUCACUGGGUGGGGCUCGCCCUUUGCCCUCGCCGAGGCUGACACUCCCUGCUUGCCCAACCCUGCCUCCCCCAACCCUCCGGGCUUCCUCAUACUACCCAUCCCGUGCCUCAAGGGGGCGCUCUGAUUCUAUCAGGUGGGAGAGAGAGCCAGCCUCUACUGCUGCCAUGCCCACCCACUCCUGCAGAGCUGGCCUGGGGGACCCCUCCAGCUCUAACAUCUUGAACUCCCAGGUUGUCCAGAGAUGUGUGUGUGUUUUGCACUGGGGCAAUUUCACCACUCCUGGGUGACUUUUUUUUUUUUUUUUUUUAACCAGCGCUCUGAUCAGCUCUGGCUUAUGGUGGUGUGGGGGAUUUGAACCUGGGACUUAGGAGCCUGAGGCAUGAGUCUCUUUUUUUUUUUCCUAGACGGAGGGUCUGGAAUCCAGGCUCUCCGUGCUCUUUAGCUCUUUAUUCCCUGAUGUCCACACGUGCUGUACCUUGAACGUGGGUGUAUCUGCCCAGCUCUGGGUGAGCACUGUCACCACUCAGCAGGCCAGUGACGUCUUGGGGACAGGUAUCAGGAAACCCCCUGUGGACGUGACUCCUGGCUGUCCCUGGUCCCCUCCCCACACCGUCUCAGCCAGGUGCACCACCAGCCACUGGGUUCCUCAGUUGCUUUGACUGAAUCCCAGAAAGGAGGUGGGGGCCAUUAAGUGGUGGCACAUCAGGUUAAGCACACAUACAAAGCUCAAGAACCUGCAUGAGGAACCUGGCUCCGCUUCCCCCUCUCAAUUUCUCUCUGAACUAUCCUAUAAAAUGCAAAAAAUGGGUCAAGUGGUAGCACAGUGGGUGAAGUGCAUGUGGCACAAAGCAAAGGACCAGCAUAAGGAUCCCAGUGGAGCACAGGGUUUGCGUGUACCAAGUCCCCAAGUUCGACCCCCUGGCAUUGCAUAUGCUGGAGUAAUGCUCAGGUUCUCAUAAAUCAGCAGAUCUAGGGAGCCGGGCAGUAGCACAGUGUGUUAAGCACACAUGCACAAAGCGCAAGGACCUGCAUAAGGAUCCUGGUUCGAGCCCCGGCUCCCCACCUGCAGGGGAGUCACUUCACAGGCGGUGAAGAAGGUCUAUAGGUGUCUGUCUUUCUCUCCUCUCUGUCUUCCCCUCCUCUCUCCACUUCUCUCUAUCCUAUCCAACAGCGACAUCAAUAACAACAACAAUAAGAACUACAACAAUAAAACAAGGGCAACAAAGGGGCAAAUAUUUUUAAAAAUUAAAAAUAAAAAAAAACAUUUUUUAUCUUUAAUUUUAAUAGCUGCCAGGAGCAGUGGAUUCAUAGUGCUGACACUGAGCCCCAGCAAUAACCCUGGAGACAAAAAAAAAAAAAAAGAUUCUUCUUCAGUGUCCAAAAUAAAUAAAUCCUGCGGGUUUCUGGAAUUUUGCCAAUGGGUGUUUUUCCCCUCACCUUUUGCUAUUUUCUUUGGAGAUAAUUUAUUUAUUGGAUAGAGACAGAAAUUGAGAGGGAUGGAGGAGAUAGAGAGGGAGAGAGACACCUGCAGCCCUGCUUCACCACAUAAAGCCUUCCCGUAUAGCCUUCCCCCUUCCCCUACAGGUGAGGACCAGGGGCUUGAACCUGGGUCCUUGUGCACUGUGAUGUGUGUGUUUAACCAGGUGUGCCACCAUCUGGCCCCCCUUGUUUGGAUCUUUUCUAGAUCUACUGAUUUUUUUUUUUUUUAGAUUUUUUUAUUCCUUUUUGUUGCCCUUGUUUUAUUGUUGUUGUUCUUGAUGUCGUCGUUGUUGGAGAGGACAGAGAGAAAUGGAGAGAGGAAGGGGAAGAUAGAGAGAGGGAGAGGAAGACACCUGAAGACCUGCUUCACCGAUUGUGAAGUGAUUCCACCUCUGUGCUCCACCUCUGUUCCCAAACUCUGGCUGUUUCCUCUCGCUCACGUCCUUUCUUUAGGAUUCAGUGAGCUACUUAAAGCUCAGCUGGGUGGGCCUGGUCUCAGCCCUGGAAGCAGCCAUUUCUGGAGAAGAAUAAUACUUAGAAACCAAGAUCUGGGGGUUAGCAAAGCUCACUGCUGUAAGGGCUCAGCUUUUUGGCGAUCAGGAGACAACACAGAAACGCCAGCGUGUGUGGAUGUGCUCCUGUCUUGAUCCAUGGGGUGGGUAGUUACAGGCAUCAGCUCGUGGGCCAUGGGUCACCCGUCCAUGCGAUGAUUCCUGGGCGUGUCCUAGGGUAUUCAGGAGACUGGCAUCUGACUCAGUGGUCUGGGCAGAGCUGCAGCCCUCCCCAUGUGGGUGGGCUUUAUCUGCCCCACCUGGCAGAGGACAGGGACUCCAGUUUUCUCCUUUGCUUGAGCUGGGACAUCACACUCACCUCCCUGCUCCUCCCUUCUUCCCACCCCCCCCAACACCUAGCUUCCCUCGGACCCUGCCAGAGCCUCCCAAGUUUCUAGAUAAACAUUUUAUUAUGAGUUGUGGGGGUAGAUAGCAUAAUGGUUAUGCAAAGAGACUCUCAUGCCUAAAGCUCCAAAGUCCCAGGUUCAUUCCUCCACACCACCAUAGACCAGAGCUGAGAAGUGCUGUGGUUAAGCAAAAAUAAAAAACAAAGAUUUUAUUGUGGUAGGGCCAGGUGGUGGUGCGCCUGCUUGAGCACAUACAUUAGAGUACACAAGGACCUGGGUUCGGAGCUUCGAGAGUGGUGAAGCAGGUCUGCAGGUGUCUCUCCCCUUUCCCUCUUGAUUUCUGGCUGUCUCUUUUUUCUCUCUCUUCUUUUUUCUCUUCGCCUCCAGAGUUAUUGCUAGGACUCGGUGGCUGCACCAUGAAUCCACUGCUCCUGGAGGUCAUUUUUCCCAGUUUAUUACCCUUGUUGUUGUCAUUGUUAUUAUUGCCAUUGAUGUCGUUGUUCUUGAAUAGGACACAGAGAAAUCAAGAGAGGAGGAGAGAAAGACGACACCUGCAGACCUGCUUUACCGCUUGUGAAGCAACCCCCCUGCAGGUGAGGAGCCGGGAUUCGAACUGGGAUCCUGCAGCUGGUCCUUGCGCUUGGCGCCAUGUGUGCUUAAUCCACUGCACUACCACCCAAACCCCUGUUUGUUUCUUUCUAAAAAAUAAAAAUAAUUUUAAAAUAUUUUAUUGGGAGUCGGGUGGUAGCGCAGCAGGUUAAGUGCAGGCUGCACAAAGUGCAAGGACCGGUGUAAGGAUCCCGAUUCAAGCCCCCGGCUCCCCACCUGCAGGGGAGUCACUUCACAAGCGGUGAAGCAGGUCUGUAGGUGUCUAUCUUUCUCUCCUCCUCUGUCUUCCCCUCCUCUCUCCAUUUCUCUCUGUCCUAUCCAACAACGACAUCAAUAACAACAAUAAAACAACAAGGGCAACAAAAGGGAACAAAUAAAUAAACAUUUAAAAAAAAUUUUUUUAAGAUUUUAUUGUGGUCUGGGAGGUGGUGCAGUGGAUAUAGCAUUGGAUUAUCAAGUGUGAGGUCUGGAAUUCAAUCCCCGGCAGCACAUGUACCAGAGUGAUGUCUGGUUCUUUUUCUCUGCCUAUCUUUCUCAUUAAUAAAUAAAUUGUAUAUAUAUUUAUAUAUAUAUAUAUUAAAUUUUUAAUAUCCCG